AUGAGUACUAAUAGUCAAACGCGCAUCACACGCAAACUACCAACGAUUUCGCCUGAACUUAUUUCUCAGAAAAAACAAUCUCAGCCAUAUGCAGCGACAAUGCCCACUCAUCAAAACAGAUUCGAUCCCGAACAUGGCAAUUCAUUUCUCGAAGCGUUCGAAACUGUAACUCAGAAACAUGAACAACGAAGACAGAAAAUUAAAAAAGAUGAAGAACUUGAAAAUGAGAAAUCACCUCCCGAAUAUCGAAUAACGUUUGGUGAAAAACCCGAAGGCAUCACAUCGAAAGAGUAUGAACUACUCUAUAUCGAAACGCUCUACACAAUCAAACAUAAAAUCGGCACGACGACGUCGAAACAUAGAGAAGGAGAGAAUGAUCUUUAUGCUUACGCUCAGGAUGCAUUUGGUUUAUCACCGGCAGAUCAUCGACGUUUAUUAGCAAAGGCGAGUGAAGAAAAGCCACCUAUUUUAAUCUUAAAUAUUGAAAUUGUCGAAGCGAAAGAUUUGGAGGCCAAGGACGCGAAUGGAUUUUCCGAUCCGUAUUGUAUGCUGGGUAUCGUACCGGAAAUCCAUCAUUUUCCUUUAUCACGUCAGACGAGUGGAGCCGGUGGUGCGUCGUCAGAUGAAGAAAACGCCAAUGAUAGUAAACUUGGUUUCAUGAAACGUUUGAAGAGUUUUCGUAAAUCGACUAUUCGCCGUUCCCAAGGCCGGGAGAAGAACGCAUCGUCAUCGAAUUCACCUUCGCCGGCAGCGUCGUGUUUGAGAGAUAAACUCCCGGCGAAGUAUAUUCAAACAACUGAUGUCAAAAAAGCCACAUUGAAUCCGAUUUGGAUGGAAAAAUUUCGUUUUAAUAUUGAAAGUAGUAAAACAGAAACCAUUCAUUUGGACAUCUGGGAUCAUGAUGAUGAGUUCUCGGUGUUCGAAGCCGCAAGAAAACUCAAUCAAGUGCAAGGAUUCAAAGGUUUGAACAGGUACUUUAAACAAAUUGCUCAAUCUGCACGAACAAAUUCCAACGAUGGUUCGCACGUUGAUGAUUUCCUGGGCUCAGUUAACAUUAAAAUUAGUGAAAUUCCUUCGACAGGGAUUGAUAAGUGGUUUGCACUUGAAGGUCGAAGCGAAAAUUCUAAAGUUCAUGGUCAAAUUCACAUUCGAGCCAAUUUAGCCACACGGGAAGAUCGAGGCGUUUCCGAAGAAGAUAAUUGGACUGAUAUCAAACAACAUGUCGAGCUCUUACAAAUAUUUAUUGAUCACGAACUAAAUACAUAUAAGGGUGCAACAACCGAGUGGAGUGGUGAAUUAUCACGUGAUGCUGAAACAAUCCUUCAUCAACAUGCGAUUCAAGGUGAUAUCACCGAUAUACAACGGAAAAUGUGCCGAUGGAUCGCCUACUCGAAAAAACAUCUAGAGCGAACGUUAACACAUCGACUGUUACUGUCAAUAACCGAACAAUUGGAACAAGCUUGGCAACCAACCUCCCUGAGUCGAGAUGAAAGCGAUAUGCUACGAGAAGGAUUUACAUUAUUCAUCAAUCAUUGUUUUAAACAAUUAGGACGACUUCGUGAGUUGUUUCCCGCUGCAAAUCGAUUAGCGAUGGAACGUCUCGAGCAACUUCUCACGAUCGUCGGGAAACUGCACAGCAUGGAAGUGUUUCGCUAUUGUUGUCCAUUUCAAAAUAGUCUUCAACACGAACUAUCGUUAAUUAUCAAAGCGGGGACAAUCGAAUGGUUCGAUCGAAUGGUUGCCGAAAUAACGAAACCACGAUUACGAUCAGAUGAAGAUAUUUUACGCAAUACAAGCGAGUUAGUCUACGUUCUCAUAGCCGAUGCUCACUCGGCUGUGAAAUACUAUAAUCCUGUGUUUGAAUCAACGGUGAAAUUGGCUUUUUAUCAUAUAUCGUUCAAAAAAAUUGAUGUCAAACUUAUGGAAAUCAUUACCAAAGCACUUGAAGAAGAACUUGGUGAACAAAUUUAUCAAUCGCCAUUGAAGUUGUUGGAAAAUACCGAGCCUGACUCGGCGGACAUCGCUGCAUUCGCAUCCGCAGCGGAGCAGACCAGUUUAUCCCUAUUCGAAUUGUAUUUAUCUCUCAAUGAACUUGCUAAAUACAAAGUCUAUGUCAAUGAAACUCAUCGAUCAAAUCUAAAAAUUAAUCAAUACUAUGGAUACUUCGGUGUUGCCAUGAAGAAAUGGUUAGCUGUUGUUCGGAACAAACUUCUCCAUCGGAUUGAGUAUGCUCUUGAUAAAGAUAAGAUCGAUUCAUCGAUGAACAAUAAAUUCACUUCAUCAUCGUUGGAUGUCGCGAAUUGUUUUCAACAGAUGACCCAGUUUUGGAAACGAUUAGCUUGGCCAGAUAUAAUUAGUUCAAUUGUAUUUUUAAUUAGAAUUACAGAAGACAUGGCGAAUGUCACUCGUCUUUAUGCAACGUUGAGCGAAGAGAAAUUAAACGCCAAGAAAUUCCACGAUACCAGUGAUUUACUUUUUUAUGCGCAAGAACUUUCGUUAACUGCCAAUAACAUCGAACGUAUUCGUGAAUCCUUCAAAGCCUUGCCGAUCGAACUGGGUUAUGAUAAACUACUAGUCGCCGCGGAAAAAUUUCAUCCAAUCGCUGUUGUAGACGAAUAUCGAAAGAAGAUCGAAACAUUAGUCGCAAGUUGCAGCCAAGAAAUCAGUGACCGUAUCUAUCAGAUUGUGAAUAAAGUGAUCUUUAAUAUGGAAAUUGAACUUAAACAGUACUUAUUUCAUGUCAUCGAAGCACCAGAUGCGAGCGAUAUUCAAGAAACUGUUCUGCCAUUGUUGAAUUUUCUUAAUCAUCAAUUGGGUUCGUAUCGGGAGUUGUUAAUCCGACAAAACUUUGUCAGAUUACUCGAACUCAUAUGGACGAAAUUACUCGAUCAAAUCUUAGCGGAAGUUGAAUAUAAUGGUUCUUCUAGAUCAAUGGCGUCGUAUUUACGACUGUUAAAAACUCUUGAUUAUCUCACGGAAUAUUUGACGAAUGAUGAUCAGUGUUUACCGAAAGAUACUCUGAAAACUGAUAAAUAUCGACUAGUGAAAAAACUCUUGAAAUAUCAAUCGAACGAUACUCAAUCUUUGAUCAAAACUUAUUAUCAGGAAAAACUUCAAGAACAAGACCGCGCAAACAACUCAAGUCAAUCAGACUUAGGUAAACUCUAUUGUCGAGCUUACUACCAUCCCAAACAGGAAACCUUGUACAUUGAAAUUAUUUCAUGUAAAAAUCUCAAAUCAUGUGAUUCGAAUGGUUUAAGUGACCCAUAUGUUGUUAUACAAUUGUGUCCGACGUUUUUGUAUCCACAUAUUGAAAAACAGCAGACAUCGAUUAUCAAGAAAACAUUGAAUCCUCAAUUUAACGAGAAAUUCGAAUUUCGCUUGACAGAAAAAGAAUGUGGUUUAUCUGGUGGAAUCGUUCAUUUCGUUGUGAUGGAUCAUGAUUUGAUGUGGUCGAAUGAUUUCGAAGGUGAAGCAUUUCUUGAAAUCUCGAAAAUAACGGGAGUGAAUCAUGACAAUCGAAUGGUUGAUGAAUUGAAACAGAUCGAAUUGGCUUUAACACAUCCGAAAGUGCUGCGAAGUCGCAUUAUCGAAAUCUUAGAGCAAAGAAUCAAUGACAAAACAGCCGUGGAGUUUGUUCGAAGACGGCGCGAAACCGAAAAUCAAUAA